AUGCCUUCCCACGAUGACCACGUCGCCCAAAUAUCCAGCGCCGUAAGAGUCUUCUUUGACAAUGGCCAACCGUUCCGCAUCUUCCAUGGAUCCACAAACAGCACUCGUCCUGCCGACCACCGACGUAUUGUCGACAUCAGCUGCUUAUCCAACGUGCUAAAGGUCGACCCUUCGUCGAGAACGGCGCUCGUGGAGCCUAACGUCGCUAUGGACAAGCUUGUGCAGGCAACCUUACCUCAUGGCUUGGUACCUCCAGUCGUCAUGGAGUUCCCAGGUAUCACGGUAGGAGGAGGAUUUGCUGGGUCCGCAGGAGAGAGUAGCUCUUUCAGAUACGGUUACUUUGAUCAGACCGUCAGCUCCAUUGAGGUGGUCCUUGCAGAUGGCCAGAUAAUCACAGCCUCAUCAAUUGAGAAUACCGACUUAUUCAAAGGUGCGGCUGGGUCGUUGGGGACGCUAGGUGUUAUUACCAAGCUCGAACUGCAGCUGAUUCCUGCCCGUCACUUCGUCAAGUUGGUCUAUCGGCCAUAUUCCACCAUUCAUGAGACUAUCAAGGCGUUGAAGCAAGAGACAGAGAAUCCCGAAAAUGACUACGUGGACGGCAUCAUCUUCUCCAGAGUUCAUGGUGUCGUGAUGACCGGCCAACUGACAAAUGAGAUCCCAAACACAGCGAAACCCAACCACUUCAGCGGUCCAUGGGACCCGUGGUUCUACCUCCAUGUUAAGAGCAAGACAAUGCACAACCCUUCUACGGACUAUAUCCCUCUCUUCGAGUACUUGUUUCGCUAUGAUCGGGGUGGUUUUUGGGUGGGUAGGCAAGCAUUCCGCUAUUUCAAUUUUAUCCCGUUCAAUCGAUACACCAGGUGGUUUGUGAACGACUUCAUGCACACAAGGAUGAUGUACCGAAUCCUGCACGCGAGCCACAUGUCCUCCAGCUUCAUGAUUCAGGACCUUUCGUUACCUUACGACACGGUCGAAGAGUUUAUUGAUGACACUUCCAAAAGUCUGGGGGUCUGGCCACUUUGGCUCUAUCCUUUACGAGCCACGGACCCACCAACGUUCCACCCCAGUCAUGUCGCAGACAGAAAGCCUCAGCCAAUGCUAAAUAUCGGUCUUUGGGGACCGGCACCAAUGAAUGAAUCUUUUGUGCAGCAGAAUCGGCAAUUGGAGCGGCGUCUAACUGAGCUGGGCGGCCGCAAAGUCCUGUAUUCACACACGUACUACCCAGAGGAGGAGUUCUGGGCACUAUAUGAUCGCAAAUGGUACGAUGAGCUGAGGAAAAAGUAUUCGGCCACAAACUUGCCAACCGUCUGGGAGAAAGUCAAAGUGGACGAACCGCACAUGAUGCAAAAUCAAUCAUGGCUUCAACGCCUUGCCUUUCAAUGGCCAUUUGCAGGAAUUAUCGGAAUUCGGCAUGCCAUUCAGAGCCAAGAUUAUUUAAUCCACAGGCAACCGAGCUGGAUAUAUUGA